AUGUCUCGCUCUGACCUAACCUCCAGUUAUCUUUAUUCUCUUCAGCAGGAGAAGCAGCGGCUAGAGCGCGAAAUCCAACAUGCCACUGACAACAGUCAUACACCCACAGACGAUUUCGAAGUUGGAGCUCAUUCGCAGCAAGCACUGGAGCAAGACUAUCACCUGAACAUCACGCACCAGGAUGUGCUUUUAUCUCCCUCCCGGACCGUCUAUCUGGGCCCAGGAAGCAUGGCGCGGCUCCUAGAGCGGGUGCUGAAGCGCAUGGUCCACUGGUGCCUUGAAAACAACGUCCCGAUGCCGGACCGACUGCUCCCAGAUCAGUCGUCCUGGUCGAUCCAGGCCGAGCACUCUACAACGGUAAAGUCUUUUGUCAUUACGCACGAUCCACGGAAACUGGAGCUCCAGUCGCUAGUGCCGGCUUCUACUCAGCGAGCCUUGAUAGACCACUACUUCAAAACGGUGUCUUCGGAGUACACCUUCCUGCCUUCCGAACUCGAACCACCUUUGCUGGUACAUGAGAACCCUCUGAGAUGGUACAGCGCGAAUAAAGAUGAGCCCGGAGGGUUCGCCAUGAGCAUUGUCUUUGCUAUUUCAUCUACCCUCGUCACUCGAGAUGUAGAUUCGAACUUGUCCAUCAUAUCAACGCGCUGUUUGGAAGAAGUACGGAUGGUGGCCCAAAGGACUCAAUCGCUGGGGGACCCCAUAGAGUCGACAAGAUGGACUUGUACUGCUCUAGGGGCGCUUGCUCUCUGUGAAUUGAUCAACCCACUCUUUGGCCAAUUGUGGGAUCUGCUUGGAAAGGCCUUGUCGACUCUGGACGACCUCCGGCAAGAGUACGAGCUCAUCCACAGGGAGAUGGAUGAUGAUUUCCGGCGACUAGAGCGUUCGUUACUCAAGAUGGAGAGCGCUACUGCCUUACAUUUCCGGCGUCCUUCCCCGUUCUGUGCCAUGCGGCUGAGGACCAUUUCGGAGGAAGCCUCUUCAUCCGGCCAUUUGCCCGACGAGCUCACAGUUGCCAGCCAUUUGCUUGACCUGGCUGAAAAAUUUACGAUUUCCCCUCGUCCACCAGAAAGCACCUUCGAGCGUCUCAUUCCUGUGUCGAUGCAGCUGACAUCGAUCAAUUCACCGAUCAGCAUCCACUCAGCGACGCUGUAUACUGCGCUGCAUCCAUUGAUGACCAAUUCAGAUGCAGCCUCGAAGGGAAUUCUCAACGACUCUUCGAUGCGGCUAUUCCACGUGAUCGCACAUUCUGCGUCCGCAGUCAUCGAUCACUUUGCCCGGCUUGAUGGAGGCAGGAAGAUUAUCAGUCUAUGGAUGGCCGCGGAUCGGGUCCUUGAAGCUGGAUUGGUCUGGGCAAGCUACUUGAUGUACCACCGCAUCACGACACCCGGAUAUCGGCCAUCGGAUUCCAUAGGGACGCGCGUGGCCAUGAGCCCAGUCCUGAAGGUUUCUGCCCUGUUGGCCUCAUUUUCCGCCCGCUGGAACAGCGCCACGGCACACGUCCAGGCAUGGGAGACGGUUGUUGAGCUACUCUGGAGUCUAGUCUAG